CUGGGUUUACCCCAAGCUCCUCUUGGAUCUGUGCUCUUUUCCAGGCACCUUGGGGACACUGGGUGCUAAAGAUGGAAAGGCAGUUAGUGGCCUACAUCCUGGUUUGCGUAAGUCUGGUUUCUAAGUUGGUCCAUGACCUUCCAUGCAGCCCGAGAGAGCGAUUUGUCCUGCUUGCUCUGAGAAGACAGGGUGAACCACUGCCUCAUUCCCCAUCUCUGAAAAUGCCUUUUCUGUCUCCACAUGCGUUGGGAGCAGGGCCUGCCUGAGGAUGUAGGUAGGAUGCCCAGAAGCAGGACUUGCAAACAGAGUGGGGAGGUGGAAAGGCGUCCUCAACCUGGGUCUCCGGGAAGGGGCUUUUCGAGUGAUCUCGCCUCAUGCAGAGAUCUGGCUUUAACUUAUUGGGAGCAGCAGCUACCUGGAAGGAGGAUUGGAACUGGAGUUAAAGUGGAGGUGGUGGGAAAGAAGCUGUCUCAGAGCUCCAGGAAAAACAAGGAUAAAAUUUACAUGGAGGGGCCUUUCUGGCCUCGCUCCUGCACAACCUGAAGCCCUCUCCGAGUGGAGGACUGGGCCAACCGGGUUGCUUAAGAUAUCCAAACCGCUGAUGGAGAAAAAGCGCCGUGCACGCAUCAACGUGUCCUUGGAGCAGCUCAAGUCGCUGCUGGAGAAACACUACUCACACCAGAUCCGGAAACGCAAGCUGGAAAAGGCCGACAUUCUGGAGUUGAGCGUCAAGUACAUGAAAAGCCUUCAGAACUCCUUGCAAGGGCUCUGGUCGGUAGGCAGCGGAGCCGAGUACCCGACGAGCUUCCGUGGCUGUCUACCCGGCGUGAGCCAACUCCUACGACGCGGAGAGGAAGGCGGAGGCGGCCUGCGCUGCCCCCUGGUGCGGGACCUCGCAGGUAGCAGCACCAUGGACAGCGCCAGCACUGGCCCGGAGGCGCCCGCUCUAGGCCACCCCAGUGGUCUUGGUGUCUGGGGUCCUGCUCCAACCGCCAGUGGCUCGCGGUCCCCACCACCCAGGCUCCUCUUUCCCGGAGGUCUCCCUGGCUCCUCCACCAGCGUCCCGGAGCCUCCGCCAGCGUCAUGUCGCCGAGCCGAGAGCCCAGGGCCUGGGAUGCCCGUGUGGCGACCCUGGUGAGGCCUUGGACUCAAGGGGGCCCCCAUCUGGUCUGGGGACGCAGAGACGAUAUUUUGGAUGCACCCAUGGUGACUUAAGGGACACCUCAGACGCCCGUUCUGCUCCUGGGGUGGGGGUGACCUAGUGAGCGCCAUGCACCCGUGGACGCGGGAAAAUACAAAGUCACGUGCGGACCGGGUCUGCGCAUCUAGGCAUAAUCCAACCCCACUCCAGCUCCACCUACUUAGGUCGGACCCGCUCUCUCCCCCCACCCUCUAGAGGGGCUGCGCCCCUUUCCCAGGGACCUCGGACAGGAAGGCCACCCCCGCCCCCUCCACGGCCGCGCCGCGGUGGGAAGGUCGCAGUCCGCAGCGGCGCAGAGCGGACCCCUCGCAGCGAGGAGAAUCGCUGCCCCGCCCCGGCCCAUUCAGCCUGCUGCAGGCGCCAGGUUCCCACCGGCACAAAGCGCGCUGAGCCCCGCCCCGCCAGCGAAGGGCUCCCUACCUACCCCCACCCGGGACCUUCAACGCUAUCACCGAUCCCCACCCCCUCCGCACACGGCACUGCCCACCCGGCAGGCUCGCGCUUUCCAAGGCCCGCACAUCUCAGAAUCCCUCCUACUGCCCCGCCCACAACAGACACUGAGCUCCGGCACGCCCACCCGGACGCCCCGCCCUGCUCAAGUCUUGGGAGGGAUCCAUUGCUUGAUCUGGCCCGGGUGAAGGCGGGCAAGGGCUAACCCCAGUCCUUCUCGUGGGAGCGGUGCACUGGCCAAAGACCCCUGGGCAGUAUUCUGGACCCAGAUCCUGCAAAACCCGGGCCUCCCGACCUCCCUGACCGUCACCGAACCCACAACCCUCGGAGCAUUCUGCGCCUGUUGCUGGUCCAUAAUGAGGUUAUUGCUGCGCUGGGACUUGGGUGGUGAGAGACUCCCAAGUCAGUUUUUCUUCCCCAGGGCUUCUAGCAAGGGACCUCCUGGGGGUGGGGUCAGGUCUCUGACCCCACCUUCUCCUACCAGGUUGUAAUUCGUAAUAAAGACAGGGCGAACCCGUAUAAUGGGUAUAAAGAGGCCAAGAUUCCAACGUC